AUGGAAAUACAUGAAUAAAUCCCAGAAGAUCCAAAGUUACUAUUGUUAACAAUGGAAUUGAAUAGAAUAGCAUAUGAAAGAUAGAUUAUCAAAUCAAAAGAAGAUUUUGAAAAGAAUUCCAAUAGUUCUAAUAAAGAUAAUCUCUAAAUUAAGGAAUAUGAAAAAUAGAUAAAAUAAUUGUAAGAGGCUUUAGAUAAAAAAGAUUUAAAAAUAGACUAAUUAAAUCAAGAAUUAAAUUAAGAAAAAUAAAAAAAUUAACAGCUUCAAAAAUCAAUUGAAAGUGCUUAAAAAUAAUUUUAAUAACCUAAAGAAGCUAAAAUAUUAUCACAAGCUGAUUAAAAAGCACUUCAAUAAUUACUCUUAACUAAAUAAAAUAGAUAACCUUAGGUUUAACCCCCGAUUAUGCAAACUGUUUAAUAAAAAGGAAAUCAAAUUUAUAAAUUAAAUGCAAACUCUCAAUCAUAAUAGCCUAAUUUAUUUUAAUAACAACAAUAAUAAUAUCAAUAACAAUAAUAAUAAUAUCAAUAAUAAUAAUAAUAAUAAUAAUAUCAAUAAUAAUAAUCAUAACAACAAUAAUAAAAGGCAUCAUCAUCAAAACAUGCAACCAGUUAAUAAAAUAAAGUCUAUUAAUAAUAACAUCCUUAAUAUCUUUAGUAAUAACCAGUUAUUAUCUAAUAAGGACAACCAAUUUAAAAUUAUGUAAGAAGAUGAUGAUGAAAUAUAUAUUAAAAUAAAUAUUAAAAAUAAAAUUAAUCAUUUCAAUUUAAUGGAAGCACAAGACAAUGAAAGAUGGGGUGACCUUUAGGUUUAAAUAGAUCAUUAAAGUCAAAUAAUAAGAAGUAAUAUUGUUUAAUAUUGUAGCUUAAUAGGAGGAAAUAAACUAAUAUAAAUAAGUGAUAUCAAGUUAUAAAACAUAAAUAAGCUAGAUUGAAAAUAAAAUGAUUUAGUUUACUUAAGCAGAAGUGUUAUUAAGAGAUGCAAAUCACAGAAAUGAUAUUUUGAUAGCAGAAAUUGAAAGAUUAAAUGUUAUCGUUUUUCAAUAAGGAAAUGAAGUAGAGGAAUGGAAAAAUAAAGCAUAGCGUUUGGAUUUAGCUUUAUAAGAAUAUAAAUAAUUUGAACUAAGUAAUAGAGAUAUGGUUCUUAAAGCAGCUAGAUUGGCUGAAGAAGUAGAAAGAUUGAAAGAUUUAUUAACCAAAAAAUAACUUGACUAUUAAUAACUUCAAUUAGAACUCAAUUAAGCAUUAUAAGAAUUAGAAGAUGAAAGAAAUAAAGUUAAAUAACUUGAAGAUAGAUUAGCUGAAUUAGAAUCAGAAACUCCCACUGAAAAAGCUUUAAAAUAAAUUCUGAUUCAAAAAACAGAAAUUAUAAGACUUUAAUAAUUAAUCUAAAGUCUUAAUAAUAAAAUUUAAUUAUUAUAAUAAGAAAAUGAUGAAUUAAACACUAAAUAUAAUAAUUAAUUAAGAGCAAAUGAUGAUUUGAGAACCUCAGCUGAAGCAAAUGAGAAAAAAGCAAAAAAGGCUGAAUUAGAUCUUUAAAAAGCUUUGGAUGAAAUAGAAAGAUUGAAAAAAUAAUUGUCUGAUUUAUAAAACUCUCAAUAAGCUUCAUAAAAUGCAUCAUAAGGAAUGGAUUAAUAAAAAGUAGAUUAAAUGUAAGAUUUAAUUUAUAGCUUAUAAAAAUAAUUAAGAGAAACAGAUGAUAAUUCAUUAGAUACACUUUAAAAACUUAGAGAUGCUGAAAAUAGGAUAAAAUAAUUAGAAAGAUAAAUUAAGGAUAUGGAAAUUUAAAAUUAAAUGGUAUAAGAUAGAUUAAAAGCUUAAUAAUUAUUAUAAUCCUAAAUCAAUAAUAGCAGUAAUUUAUAAGUCAAUCCUACAGAUAUUAUUGCUGAUUAUGAAAGAUAGAUAUAAGAACUAUUAAAAGAAUUGGAAAAACUUAGAAAUGCAAAACCCUUUGAUGAUAGAAUGUUAAAAAGAUAAAUAUAAGAUUUAUAAUCAUUAAUAGUUCUUAUGUGUGCUGAAAUUGAAGCUCUUAGAGCAAAAGUUAGAUGAG